AUGCAACUAAUCAUUGCCUUUAUUUUGAUCAUAUUUCUUUUAUCUGUAAAAGGACAAAUUCCACAACUACCGAAUUAUUCUUCAUGGAAUUCAAUAUCAAAUUGUUCAUUACAACAAUGUAAUGUAAACUCAAAUAAUAAUAGUUGUUUUUCAUCAUCAACACAUUGUUUUGAUUAUCGAUCAAUAAAUAAUACUCGUUAUUGUGCACCUGCUAUUUCAUGUUCAAUAUUAGAAAGAUGUGAUAAUAUUACACAAACAUGUUCAACAAAUAAUUCAAUAUGUGUUAUUAAUUCAUGUUGUUCAUCACAAGCAGUAUGUUUACCACUCGUGACAACAACUAUGUGUGAAAAAGGAUGGUUGUAUACAAACAAUAUGACUAAUGCACGAACUCAGCAUAAAGCGUCUGUAUUACCAAAUGGGCGAAUAUUAAUUACUGGUGGAUACACUGGUAAUAAUGUCGCUUUAAAUACUGCUGAAUUGUAUGACCUACCAACAGGUACUUGGAUAACUACUGGUCGCUUGGCUGAUGCACGAUGGAUUCACACAUCAUCUGUAUUGUUAGAUGGAAAAAUAUUAGUCGCCGGUGGAUUCAAUGGGAAUAUUAGUUUAAAUAGUGCUGAGUUGUAUGAUCAAUCAACUGGUACUUGGACAACUACUGGUAACAUGACUCAUACACGACAUGUUCACACAGCAUGUACAUUAUCAAGUGGGCUUGUGCUAGUUACUGGUGGAUUAGAUAAUAGCGGGUUUGCUUUGAAUACUGCGGAGCUAUAUAAUUCGUCAACAGGCACUUGGACAAGUACUGGUAAUACGAUUGAUACGCGCUAUUGGCAUACAGCAUCUGCAUUGUCAAAUGGGAAAGUAUUGGUUACUGGUGGCGAAGCUGGUGGUGCUUCGAAUACUACUGAAUUGUAUGAUUCAUCAACAGGUACUUGGACAGCUACUGGUUACAUGAUUACUGCAAGAUAUGCUCACACAGCAUCUGUAUUGUCAAAUGGAAAAGUAUUAGUUACUGGUGGAUUUAAUAGUAUUGCUUUAGAUAGUGCUGAAUUGUAUGAUCCAUCAACAGGUACUUGGGCAGCUACUGGAAAUAUGAGUGAUGCACGAUAUCUUCAUACAGCAUCCGUAUUAUUAAAUGGAAAAGUAUUAGUUACUGGCGGAUUUAAUAGUAUUGCUUUAGAUAGUGCUGAAUUGUAUGAUCCUUCAACAGGUACUUGGACACAUAUCGAUAGUAUGGCUAAUCCACGAUUUUUUCAUACAGCAAGUGUAUUAUCAAACGGAUUAAUAUUGAUUGCUGGUGGAGAUAAUAAUAAUGCUUUGAAUAGUGCAGAAUUAUAUUAA